GCCGGCAAGGAGAUGCUGCUGCAGCACCUGGCCAGCAACAAUUUCACGAUCGGGGGGCAGAAGUGCAGGGAUGCCCUGGGGUGGUCCGCGGGAGAGGUGAACAUGGGCCCCAAGGACAUCCUCGAGGGUCACCGCCUGUUCGUGCAGUCCACCUCCGCCAACCGUGUGAUCCAGCCGGGCACCCACGUGCUCUUUGAGGUCGACGACGCGAUCUACGCCAAGCACCAGAAGACCAGCGAGAUCGCGGAGGACGAGCACAAGAAGACCGGGGCCGACCAGCACGCGUUUUUGGAUCUCGCCAAGGACUACAACUGGGACGCGGUGAAGCGCAUGGUCAACGAGAAGCCCCUUAUUGUCUCGGCGCACCCUGCCCAGAGGUGGUCCGCGCUUCACCAGGCGGCCGCCUCGGGUGACGAAGGCGUCGUCCGCUUCUUGCUGGACAAGGGGGCCUCGGUCGAUGUCACGAACAAGGAGGGCCAGACCCCGGCAGACGUUGCCGCGAAUGCGAAGAUUAAACAGAAUUACGCCGCAUCCGCCGACGCCUUUUAG